AAUAAAUGAUAACACCAAAUAUGAAAUGAUAAUCGUGUCCAUAAAUAUUCAAAAUAAUAAUUACUGAACUAUAAAAGAGAGCAAAGAGAACAAAAACUUUGUUUCAUGAGCACAAAACUCGCAAACGAGUUUUCCUGGACGAAGGGCUCGCGGACAUGACGAGGCGGCGCGUGGACCUUCUAGAACAUUGUCGGAGCCGCAGCGGCGCGAAAAAUCCACUGCUGUCCAUCCUGAACCGAGAAAGAAUGGCGUUAAGAAAAGUUCUUUCGUCGAAGCCCCAAACCCCUUACUUUAAGCCCCCGGCAAUACACAUUUGUGUGGUUGCACUGAAGGACCAGCAUAGGGUCACGAGGUGGGACUUCCAGGACGGCAGAGCGGUGGCGGCCGUCACAAAAGCUAAUGCCGUCAUGGCCAUCAGCGACGGGCACUCCGUGGCCAAAGUGACCCUGUAUGAAGACCUGAAGGCCCAAGUUCAAGAGGGUGCUUCCUACGUGGUUCGUGGCUAUAACCUGAGGGGCAAUUCCCCUCCAUAUGCCUUUAAUGUCUCAAGGGAGACAGAAUUCUUUCGAAGCAGCGCCCUCGUCAUCGACGAGAAAUUACAAAACGAGGCCUUGAGGCUGAUCAAUCCUCGCUCGCCCCUGACCCCCCUCAGCACCUGCAGGGAAUCUGCUGGUCUGGUCACGGUGGAAGGGGAGGUGGUCGAGGUAAGUAACUUUCCGUUUAACGGGACUGCGAUAUAUAUAGCCAAUGUAGGUUGUUGCUGUAAAAUUAAGAGUGUAAGUCCGCCGGACUGCAGCUAUGAGAACAUUAACACCCAAAUCCACUGUGUUCAGGUGUCUGAGCUGAAGGAGGUGGUGGUGGCGAGGGACCGCGUGCCACUGCAAAACAUCACGUUGAAGCAGGGGGAAACAAAGGUGCCCGUGUCCCUCUGGAGGGAAACCGCCCUCCACUGCUGUGAGAUCGGGAACGUCCUGAGAGUGUCCCACCUGAGAGGGUCGGAGUCCAAUUAUGGAUUCCGGCUCCAAACAACGGUGGAGUCAGCAAUUGAGGCGGUCAGUUCCACGGCAGCGGAGGAGGUUGGAGUUUACGGGGCAACACCGGCACGCGGGGCUCCCGGAAGCCUAAAAGUGCUCCUGGAGGACGACAGGACGCUGUUCAUCGAGGAGAGCAAGUGGCUGCCAAUAGCUGCCAUAAUGGAAGCGCCACCCUUACCGGUCAAAAUAACCGUUAAAGGCAACACCAUUGUCGCCAUUGAAGCCAUGCGGAAGGAGGAGUAGCUGUUUGAGUUUCUUUUUGUUGUUGCUGUUUUUGCUGUUGUUUUAAUGUGUUCAUUAGGAAUCGGUUCUCCGUUGUUCAAAUUACCUUUCACAUUGUAUAGGAUGUUAUUAAUCAAUUUGCCAAAGUUCAUGUGUUCUGUUUUUGUUCUAUGUUAACCUUUUGUAAAAUGGAUGUAUAAUCAGUUUAAUCAAUUCAAUCAGUUUAAUCAAUUCAAUCAGUUUAUUCAAUUCAAUCAGUUAUGACAAAUCCAUGUAAUCGUGCAGUCUGUGUUCAAUGUCCAAUCAAUACAUGUUUUAAUCUCUGAUUACUGAUUCAAUUUUCAAUCAAUAAAUGUUUGUCACAAUUCUCGACUUUUCUUUUAAAGUCUUCAAAAUCCCCGUGUAGCCACGGAUAGUGCUAUUAUUUGAUUACUGUGUGGAUGUUAAAAAGCCUUUAAUUUUUGCCCACAAAUGAUAAUUUACUCCUCGCGUGUUUCAGCAUUAACUCUGAUCAUUUGUAGCCGGCAUCGUGUGACGUCUGCCUUUGUUAGAGCGCUCUGUUUAGGACAGUUCUAAUCAGUCUGUCGCUUCCACUCUGCCGCAACUCUCCCCAUAGCAACCAGAGCCCCGCACACACAAGCAGCCGCUACGUCACACAUAAACAAAUGACUCUGUAUCCAGUCAGCUGACGCUACCGGCAGCUAGCUUUCGUCGGCUAGCGCUACUAUCGCGCUAGCUUUGCGGUGGCUGACAAGUUAUGUCAGCAAGCGCAAACAAGUUGUACGAAGCUACUGCUGCUCUUGUAUUUAGCCAGCUAGCCUACGUGGAUAACCGUCACUCUGUCUGUCUGUCUGUCUGUCUGUCUCUCACUAUUAGCUACGGAAAUGGACGAGGGUCUCUGUUAGCUGUCCCCUUCCCGAGUACUGAAAGCAGCGCUUUACGCAGUGGCUGUUUAGCACAACAAUGUCAAAUAUAUACCUGUGUAUGAACAUCUAUCUAUCUAUAUAGAUAGAUAGAUAGAUAUAGAUAUAGAUAAAUGCACACGUGUUAUCUAUCU